AGGCUGAUCGUCCUGUCCUCUGCCGUGACUUUGUGAGCCUCAACUUUGGUCUUUUCUCUUCACUGAAGAAAAUCCGCCGCGCAUUAGUCACUCUUUACAGCAUUCCCUUGCCGGCAUUCUUCAUCCCCACUGUCCCAACUAUCACACUUACGCUUUGUCCUUGCGCAUCUCAAUCAUGUACGCACAGAGCUUUGUGGCAUUCUUGGCACUCGUCAACACGGCGCUAGGCUUCCCGCACGCAGUCAGAUCUACCGGGUCCAACGCUGAGCUCUUUGCUCAGCUCGAGGCGCUCACCAAGACCGCCAGCGAGAAGACCCUUGAAGACAUCAGGAGCGGCGACUCAUCGCGGACUAGUGCUUCCUGCACACCCGAGACCGUCAAGGUCCGCAAGGAAUGGGGUGCUCUGAGCAGAGAUGAGAAGCUUGCCUACACCAAUGCCGUACAGUGCCUGCAGUCCAAGCCUGGCAAGACCCCCGCCGACCUGGCUGAGGGCGUCAAGACUCGCUUCGAUGACUUUGUAGCCACGCACAUCAACCAGACCAUGGCAAUCCACUACACAGGUAACUUCCUGUCGUGGCAUCGCUAUUACACUCACCUGUACGAGGAGACCCUUCGUGAUGAGUGUGGCUACAAUGGUGCCCAGCCGUACUGGGACUGGGCCUUGACUGCCGAGACCGGUCUGGAGAGCUCUCCUAUCUGGGAUGGCAGCGAGACCUCGCUUGGUGGAAAUGGCGAGUUCAUCGCCGACAAAGGCCCCGUCGUCAUUGACAUGCCGGGCCUGCCCCCUUUCCCUCUGCCCACCGGCACUGGCGGUGGCUGUGUCACGUCCGGGCCCUUUUCCAACAUGUCUGUCAACUUGGGACCAAUCUCGCUGCCCGUUCCGGGCCCUGUGACCAUCGGUCCCCCCGGCGGCAAGAUGCUGGGCUACAACCCUCGCUGCCUGAAGCGAGACCUCACCACGGAGCUGAUUCAGCAAUACGCCAACAUUAACGAGGUGCUUGACCUUCUCACCAAGCCCACCACCAUCGAUGACUUCCAGAUGAUCAUGCAGGGUGUGCCCGGUGUUGGUCUCGGUGUUCACGGAUCCGGCCACAUGUCCAUGGGUGGUGACCCUGGCAUGGACACCUACGUUAGCCCCGGCGACCCCGUCUUCUACCUGCACCACGGCAUGAUUGACAAGGCCUGGUGGAUCUGGCAGAAGCUGGGCGGCGAGGAGCGGGUGACGGGUGAGCAAGCAAUCUUUGGCACAAAGACCAUGCUCGACAUGCCACCCAGCGACCAGGCUUCGCUCGAGGACUUUGUCGAGUAUGGUUUCGCUGCCGGCCCGCCUCGUCAGAUCAAGGAGCUCAUGAGCACUACCAUGGGACCUUUCUGCUAUGUGUACGAAUAAGCGAAAGCCAUUGGUUGCUUUGCAAUCCACCAGGUCCAGCACGUCGGCAUAUUGGAAACCGGCGCUAAUGAUGAUGCGUCUAAUGCGUUUAAUCUAGUAUGAGUAUGUAGGACUUACCGUUUGUGUACCAGUUAUUAUAUAGAAACAAGAUUCUUUGCUGAG